AUGGUCACUUCAGCUGGUUUUUUUGAGCCAAAUGGCUCUGCUCAAGUCAACGAACCUCGCCGUUGUGUCGCCGAUGGUACCCUCGACAUCACGGUCAUGGGAAUGAACAGCGGUACGGCCAUGGAUGGCAUUGACUGCGCGCUUGUUCGAUAUCGCCAGCUUUCUCCAGAAGCCCCUUUGCACAUGGAGGUCCUCAAGUACGACGAGAUCCCCAUUCCGCAGUACAUCAAGAAGCCGGUCCUCACCAUGCUCCGUGAAACGAGAACCACUCCUUCCCUCAUGUCCCAGCUGAACGUCAAGCUCGGAAAUAUGUUCGGCGAGACCGUUCAGCUCUUCUGUGAGAAGCACAAGAUCCCCAUUGACUGUAUCGACCUCAUCGGGUCCCACGGCCAGACCAUCUGGCUUCUCUCUAUGCCCGAGGAGGGUGAAACCCGCUCUGCCUUCUGCCUUGGUGAAGGAACUGUUAUAAGCAGCUUGACCGGCGUCACUACAGUCACCGACUUCCGCAUGGCUGAACAAGCUGUGGGCCGCCAGGGUGCGCCUCUCGUUGCUCUGAUCGAUGGUCUCCUGCUUCACCACCCCACCGAAUGGCGCAUCUGCCAAAACAUUGGCGGCAUCGCUAAUCUUUGUGUCAUUCCACCCGACAGUGAAGGCGGAGUCGACGCCAUGGUUGACUGGGACUGCGGCCCAGGCAAUAUGUUCAUCGACGCCGCGAUGCGCUACUUCACCAACGGCCAGAUGGAAUAUGACCGCGAUGGCGAGUGGGGUGCUCAGGGUGUGGUGAACCAGGAUAUUGUCGAUAAGUUCCUCGACAAUAAUAAGUACUGUAACUGCUUGCCUCCUAAGACGACGGGUCGUGAGACCUUCGGUGACAACGAGGCCCAGGAGAUCAUUGACAGUUGCUUGGCUCUGGGUAUGAGCAAGUAUGACACUGUCGCAACCAUCACUCGCAUUACCGCGCAGAAUAUCGUCAAACAGUACCGCACUUUCUUUCCCAGAUUCAAUAUUGACAUCGACAAGAUAGCCGGUGUCUACAUGUGCGGUGGCGGUGCCCGCAACCCCAACAUCAUUAAAUACCUCAGGGAGCAGCUGCCUAAUUCGAAGAUUCUCAAGCUCGAUGACACGGGCGUGCCGUCUGAUGCCAAGGAGGCUGUCUCGUUCGCUCAGCAGGCUCUUGAGGCUAUUCUCGGUCGAGCUGCGCUUGUUCCAAUUAACAGCGACACGUUGACGCCCAACACCAUCUCGGGUAAGAUUGCGCCGGGAUUACGGUGGAGAGAGCUUAUGGCGAUGGCAGUAAAAUUCGGACAAGGCCAAACUCGGUUGCCGACCGUCAAGGAGAUGGUUAUUGAUAGGCCCUACACCUACCGACAGGCUUAA